GAUCAGUUUACAGUAAGACUUCUGGCAGGAAAUGUGCAAGUUUUACCGAUUGAUAAGUACAUUACUGGUUGUCGUGGUUAUCGCACCGCGGCACCAAUGUAGUCCAUUCUUUUCCCAAUACAAUCGUCCAUACCUAUCGCAACCGUCCAGUCAAUUGGCAUCAACAGCUGCUAAUGUCGUUCAGCGAUCAAAUGUAACAGUAGCAUUGGGAAAUCGCAUCAACACGGAUACCGCUUUAGAUGACUACGGUACCAGAGUGGACGGUGUGACGAUAAACGUUGAUCGACGACGGAAGCGACGUGAUAUUUGGGGCCUAUCCUCAAUUCUUGGCCCGAACGCACCGAACGGAUCCUACAUCGCUAUCAACAACCAAGUCUUCCCAUUGCCAGAAACUCUAUCCAAUGUCUCGCUAAACAUUGCACCUGCGCCAUCCUCUGGACAUAUUGUAAACAUUUCACAAUUUACGUCCGAUUCGUUCAUGCCAGCAAUACCGGACAAUUACACUACCGCAUUCCAGUCGCUAAUGAAUGACUUUCAGACACUUCCACUCGAUACUAUGGACAGCAUCGUUCAGCUACUGGCCACAGGAUAUCAGAACACUUUUGGUCAACUCUUUCUUGAAGAAAGUUUCCAACGGCUCAAUCAAACGCUAGACUACGGGCGUGAGGUAGUUCGGAACGGGCUCAGCAAUCUGGCCGACCAAGCCGGUCAGGGGUUUGAACGAAUCAUCACACGCUUCAACAGCUCAACCGGAGCUGUUAGGCUGUGUGUCGGGGAUAAUCUGAACCCAACGAACGUUGCCAGAUCUGUUGUGGACCGAGGCUACAAUUGCAUCAAUCGAAAAUGGCAACAGUUGACUGAAUUGGCUGGAAACAUCGGUGAGGAUAUAGUCGCUGCGGAUAAAGGUGCUGCGGAGUUUCUUGCAAAUUUAACCACCUGUAAUGGAGCAGCCAACUUCAGCUCAUCGGUGUCGACAUCGGAACGAAACACCUUGCGCCGUCAGUGUUAUGUGCGUGUUAUCACCUCCUUUCCGCAACCGUUGCUAUUUCUGCCCGUCUCACUCGCCAUCGAUGGUGCCAAGCUGUACGCUUCCGUUUCCGGACUGGAAGUAGAUAUCGGAGCCUGUGCGGCCGAGGUUGCCCUUGCGAUCGGCAUGACGACGGCACAGAUUGGAACAAAGGUUGCGCUUUGUCAAGUAUUUGGUUCGUAGGUUAGAAACGGCUCUACAAGUGCAUGAUGAAAUUGUGUAAUAUUGUAUCUCACAAGUCAUACCGCUAAAGUAACUGAUCGUAAACCUACGGCAGCAACAUCCAUAAUUGAACGCGAUUCAAGAUACUGAUUGAUAAUUUCGCCAUUAUCGAGACACUACUUACCC